CCCUCUCCCCGCGCCCAUGUGACGCCGGAGCCUCCUGGGCUCGGAUUACCGCCCCGCUCGCUCCCCGCCAGUCCCCGGGAUCGCCGCGCCGCGCUGCCCUGCGCCCCCGCCAGCUCCCUGCGCCCCCGGCCGCGGGAGAACGGACGCGGGCCGCUGCGGGGCCCUCCAUCCCGGGCCGGCCGCCUCCGAGGGGCGGAGCGGGACAUGGCUGCGGAGGGCCGGCGGCUGCGCGCGUCCCCGGCCCGGGGGGCGGCCGGCCGCUGAAGCCAGCGCGGCCAGAGGCGGGGGCGCCCGACCGGCCGCCCGCGGGGCCCGCCGCGCCCAGCCUCGCCGCAGCCGCCCCGGGACCUGCCGCGGCUUUUUGUUCCUCGGCCCUCGCCGAUUCGCGGAGCCCCGGGAGCCGCGCCCCCGGCCCGCCGGCCAGCCCCAGACCCCUCGUCCCGGCCGGCAUGGAGACGGUGGAGAAAGAGUGCGGGGCCCUGGGGGGCCUCUUCCAGGCCAUCGUUAAUGACAUGAAGAGCUCCUACCCCAUCUGGGAAGACUUCAAUUCAAAGGCCACUAAGCUGCACUCUCAGCUCAGGACCACCGUCCUGGCCGCAGUCGCUUUCCUGGAUGCCUUCCAGAAAGUGGCCGACAUGGCCACCAACACCCGAGGGGCCACAAGAGACAUUGGCUCAGCCCUCACCCGGAUGUGCAUGCGUCACCGAAGCAUUGAGACCAAGCUUCGGCAGUUUACCAAUGCCCUGUUGGAAAGCCUCAUCAACCCCCUGCAAGAGAGGAUUGAGGACUGGAAAAAAACCGCCAAUCAGCUCGACAAAGACCACGCAAAAGAAUACAAACGGGCUCGCCACGAGAUCAAGAAGAAAUCAUCAGACACACUGAAACUGCAGAAGAAAGCCCGGAAAGAGCUACUUGGGAAAGGGGACCUGCAGCCACAGCUGGAUAACGCCCUGCAGGACGUGAACGACAUGUACCUGCUGCUGGAGGAGACGGAGAAGCAAGCCGUGCGCCGCGCGCUCAUCGAGGAGAGGGCUCGGUUCUGCACCUUCAUCACCUUCCUCCAGCCUGUGGUGAACGGAGAGAUCACCAUGCUGGGGGAGAUCACCCACCUACAAGGCAUCAUUGAUGACCUGGUGGUGCUGACAGCUGAGCCCCACAAGCUGCCGCCAGCCAGUGAGCAGGUAAUCAAAGAUCUGAAAGGCUCCGACUAUAGCUGGUCAUACCAGACUCCGCCAUCUUCCCCCAGCAGCUCUGGCUCUCGAAAGUCCAGCAUGUGUAGCAGUGGGAACAGUGCAAAGGGUGGAGGCCCGUGGCCUGGCGGGUCCCAAACAUACUCACCCAGUUCCACCUGUCGCUACCGCAGCCUGGCGCAGCCAGCUAGCACCAGUACCCGCCUCUCCAGCGUCUCCUCCCAUGACUCCGGCUUCAUCUCCCAGGAUGCCGUGUACUCCAAGCCGCCGUCCCCGAUGCCCUCGGACAUCACCAGCCAGAAGUCCUCCAGCUCGGCGUCCUCCGAGGCCUCGGAAACCUGCCAGUCAGUUAGCGAGUGCAGCUCCCCAACUUCGGACUGGUCCAAGGCCGGGCCAUAUGACCAGCCAAUGGCAACCACUCUCCAGAGGAGGAAGGACCGAGUGGAACAUCUGAGGGAAGCAGAAGUGGGCCCGGGCAGUGGGGGCUACCCCAGCAUCAGUGGGGAGGAGGCACCCCGGCCCAGGAUGUCCCCUGCAACCAUUGCAGCUAAGCACGGUGAAGAGGUCUCUCCUGCUGCCAGUGACCUGGCCAUGGUGCUGACCCGUGGCCUGAGCCUUGAGCAUCAGAAGAGCAGCCGGGACUCCCUGCAAUAUUCAAGUGGCUACAGCACCCAAACAACCACCCCUUCCUGCUCAGAGGACACCAUCCCCUCCCAAGGUUCAGAUUACGACUGCUACUCGGUGAAUGGGGACGUGGAAGGCGAGGGGCAGAGCGAGUUCGACAAGUCUUCCACCAUCCCCCGAAACAGCAACAUCGCCCAGAACUACCGCCGGAUGAUCCAGACCAAGCGGCCGGCCUCCACGGCCGGCCUGCCCACGGGCAUGGCCCUGCCCUCGGGGGCCCCUCCAGGCGUGGCCACCAUCCGCCGCACGCCCUCCACCAAGCCGUCCGUGCGCCGCACUCUCUCCAACGCCGGCCCCAUCCCCAUCCGCCCGCCGAUCGUCCCGGUGAAGACGCCCACGGUGCCCGAUUCGCCCGGUUACGCGGGCCCCACGCGGGUGGGCAGCGAGGAGUGCGUCUUCUACGCCGAUGACGCCUCCUCGCCCCACGCGCCCGACUUCGCCAAGGCCUCCCCCAAGCGCCUGAGCCUCCCCAACACGGCCUGGGGCGGCAGCUCCCUGGAGGUGGCCGGCUACCCGGGGGCCGGACAGUCUCUCUCCGCGGAGGAGGCCGAGGAAGAGCAGCAGCUGGCGGCCAACCGCCACAGCCUGGUGGAGAAGAUCGGGGAGCUGGUGGCGGGCGCCCACGCCCUGGGAGAGGGCCAGUUUCCCUUUCCCACUACCUUAUCCGGCACCUCAGGGGAAGAGACGCCUCUCCCGCCCCCCGCCGCUUCCAGCGACCCUCCGGCUGAAGACAUGCUGGUGGCCAUCCGGCGCGGGGUGCGGCUGCGAAGGACCAUCACCAAUGACAGAUCCGCUCCCCGCAUCUUGUGAUCUUGCUGCCCCCUCCCCGCCUCCCAGCUAAGGGAGCCCUCGGGGUCGGACUGAGCAGCUGCGGCCGUGUGAGAGAGGAGUUAGGAGAGGAAAAGGAUCGGGAGCCACAUUCGGUAAAAAGGAAAAACAAUAAAGGAGAGAAAAAGAAAAGUUAAAAAAUACAAGGCAAAGCCACUUUAUGGAUAGAGACAGAAUUUAGAUUUACAAAUUUAAACAAGAAAAAACUUCUUUAACAAACCUUGGAAAGGUGGAGCCAUUAGGCCUUGAACUCUCCUGGAGUCUCUUUCGUACUCUGUCUCAGCCCCUCUGUUUCCUUCUCUUCUCCUCCUUGCCAGCCCUUGCCUUCUGCACAUCUUGUCCUUUCCUAGUGAGUGGUGGGGAAAGGUGUCCCGGGCCAGCCAUGGUCAGGGAAGAUGCCCAGCCAGGCCUGGGGUCAGCAGCUCGCAGCUCACACACCCCCAUAGACACUCACUCACACACUCAGUCACACACACACUCACUCAGCACCUCCUACAAAGGAAGGAAAUGACCCUGGGCUUUCUCGAACUCCGUUGUGUCCCUCACACCGUCCUCCGGCCGGGGCACCGGAACCUAGUGUGAGCAGCUGCUUGGUUCCUCCCUGUCCUGUUCUUGCCUUUCUCGUCUGUUCCUUCCCUCCUUCUCCAUGUCUCUGCUCUCUGGACCAUGAUGGCAAGAUAGCCAUGAUGGCAGGCUGAGGCCCGCCGGCUGGGGUCUUGGUACUCCACAGGAGGGAGCAGCACUCUUGGCCGGGGCCCACCCGGAGUCACCGGGAGCCUCUGUAGCAGUAGGCCCUGCAGCCUCGGGGACAGGAGCCCCUGGCACAAGUCUGUGGGAGGGGAGUGAGCGGGAGCAGUCCAUGGUCUAGCAGGGUCUUUCCAGGUCUACACCUUCUUCCCGCUCGUCAGAGGCAGUGGUGGGCAGUUCUUUCUGGUGGGGAAGGUGGGAGACCUGUAGGAGCUGAGGAAAACACUGGGAAAAAGGAAAGCGAUGUCCAGAGUGCUGUGAAAUGCCUCGGUCCACAGGGGCGGGUGGCGACGUCUCCGGGGGAGCCAGGUCUGGUCCGAGCACCUUGUGACGGAAACUCUGGUGGCACUUUUGGGUCAGUUUCGGCCGUCCGGUCAUCCCCAGGCGGGGUCGGGGGCUAGAGCUGUACAGAGGGUAUAUGUGUAGGGAGGGGUGGGGAUUAUUUUGUUAAUAUAAUAAUAAAAUGAAGGCGAUCAUACCUGGGUGAAGAUUGUGCGUGUGGAUGCGAGGCAUGUCUGUGUGAGUGUGUGACGGCUCAAAGCUGUACCUUUGCAGAGGGGCUGUGAGUGGGAGUGAGUGGGAGUGUGUGCUGUGCACACACGUGUGACAGAAGCAGCUGGGUUGUAGCCGUACGGGUCUUUGGCAGGAAAAGGGAAGUUGUGUUUGCAUUAGGAAGCCAGGGAGUGGCUGAUAUUCUCUCUCCAGUGUCUGGAGUUUGGCCCAAAUGGUCGGAAGGGCCUGGGGGUCUAAGCUGUAGACCCCCGUGUGGCCCGUGGCAGGGUUAGGGCAGCAAGGAGGCAGAAGGGAAGGGGGGUGAUUGUUGAAGGUUGGCUUUGACCCUCUGUUGCCAGAGGAGAUGCCAUCCGGGAAGACCCCCGUGCCAGGAAGCGGCGGGGGUGGUAGGGUGGGGUGGCCUUCCCUGCUCCCAUACAGUGCCAAAAUGUGGGCCCUCCUGUAGGGCGGGGGCAGGGUCUCAGGCCACGGGGAGAGGGGCUGCAGGCGCCCCCCCCCCUGUUCCACCACUCCAUAGUCUAAACAGGGUAAAAAGCAUGUGAGAUUAGGGCGAGAGGAGAGGUUCCUGUACCCAAGAGGAAAGUGUCCCAGGGGACCACCACUAUCUCUCAGAGGCAGGGUGGUCAAUGGGCUUGGGAAGGCUGGUUUUUCCAUGGGUGAGCUUCACUCCUGCACCGCCCUUCACCUUAGGAACCCAAAGACAUCUUUCUUGUGCCAUAACACAAAGGGGUCUCUGGAUUCAUGGCAGGAAAACCCAUUUCACCUGAAUUCCCUCCCUUUUCCAUUUGUCACUUCAAAUGACAUUAUCGGUGUCGGGGGCACAUUUUCUCAAGCUUCAGGGCGGGCUUGCCAGCCCCCCAUCUCAAGGGCCCCCAAGUGUUUCUGAGCUAGAACGUAGAAGAGCCGAGGGGAGCCUCGGGCUGGGGUCCGUGAGCUGCUCAGCUUGUGGAAGAGCCGCUUCCACUGGGGCCGGAGGCCAGUCACAUGGUGGUGACGCCGAGUAGCGUGUCCUGAGGACGGCACAGGGACAGGGUCUAGGGGGGCUCCCCGGGGCAGGAAAAAGCAUUGGGUGGGGGCAGUGAAGUUCACGUGUAAGCUGAUGGUUUGCGGUGGUGUGGGACGUGGCAUGUGUGGCGGGUUUGCAGCCAAUGAGUGUGUUUGGGGUGGGAUGGGGUGGGCUAGUGUGUAUGCUGGGGGAGGGAGGGUGUAGAGGAGCAGUUUUUUGGUGUAAAAUGGUGGGAAGUGUAAGGGGUUCCCUGUCCUCUGUGCCUUCCCUUUUCCCCUUGCUUCCUUACCCGGCAGGAAAGUCAUUGGACUGUUUUUCAGGGACUCCCAGGGGUCUCGCUCAGAGGAUCUUUGCUGCAGCCUGUGCAAAGACCCUGGCCCCAGCGCCAAAUUUUGGGUCCAAACGUGCUGAAGAAGGGAGAUUCAGGGAGGACGUGGGGAUGUCAAACUCUCCACUCUCUCCCAUUCUCCCUCUUGACUUUUGGGGUUGGGAGGGGGCUCAUUCUGUGACUGGGGGAGUCAAAUUCUCAGCCAUACAAAAUUUACUGCAGAACAGGGGAUUCCAGCUCUGACCUUGGCCUUGCAUUACUUUGCUACCUUUCGGGGUGUUCCUUGCAAACAGAGCAAUGAUACACCUUCCGGCGGCCCCCCUGCUUUCCUCUCAAAUGUCCAGGCAGUGGGAGUCCCUGUGAGGCUUCAGGUGAGGGCUCUGCUGGGAGGGCUGCUGAGCUACAGACAGGAUCAAUGCUCUCUUUGCUCUCUGCAGCUUCUACAGUAACACUUGCUCUUGCUCUUGCUCUUUGGCCCUCACGGGCAGGAGUAAGAAAUGCUCGCUCUCCCAGGAGAACGAGAAAAGGCCCCAUCGCCCUCCGCAUGCCAUGCUUUCCUGAAGGGAUGAGAGGACAAGCUGGAGGAGAAGGCGAUGGGAGGGAAGGAUGCGGAGCGGGACAGAAUCAGGAAGGCCGCAGGGCCUUUGAGGAAGCCCCCAAACCCUCCUCUCUAGGCUGAGCCCAUCAUAUCCCCACUGCCCCUGGAAGCGCCCUGGUGUUGUAUAUAAUGCUCCAAUUCUGCCCUUGUUUGUGGGCCCCUGCCCGGCCCUGUCCCGUCAUUAGCGAUUAGUGAUAACCACGUAGGUCCCGGCCCGCCAGCCCUCUCUGACUGGAGCCAACAAUACCGCCACAUAGACAAAUUUUUCUUUAGUUUGGGGAUUUGUUUGUUUUUAUUUUUCAUUUUGUACAGAGAAAAAUCCCUUUCAAAAGUGUCUUUCGACUGACGUAACUUUUCUGGUGCUGUUGUUAACCCGUUUCUUUUUUUUAAUUUAUUUUCCCUUUCUCCUCGUGCUCCCGUCUUCCCUUUGGCUCCCUCUCCUCCCUGCCCCCAGCCCUUCUCUCCAGAUAACGUUUCUUUUCCUUGGUUUGUUUGUUGGACUUUGGAUAAAUUCCCCCCCUUCCCCUCCUGCCCCACCCUCCGUGAUCCAGCCCUUGAGUUGAAUAGUCACUGCUACAAGUAACAAGCGCACUGUGAACACUCCAGUAUUAAUAAAAGCUGUACUGUAAUUAAUGAGCGCUCCGCGAGACUCCUGCCUGGCUUCCUGUUCCUGCUCCCGCCUUUGCCCCUUCCUGGCCGCCUUCUGCCUGACUCCGUCCUGCGCCCUUCCCUGAGCGGGGGCACACGCUUGGCCCCGGCUCCGGGAUUCACGCCAUCCGCUCCCACGCGAGGCACAGUGUUGGCUCAGGAGUCCGGAGCACCAGCCGGAGCACUCGCGAAAAGAAGGCGUCCUCUGGGAGCUUCACAGCAGAGCCGGGAUGCCCGCGGGGAGAGCAGGCAGGAGAGGCCGGGGACCUGGCUAAGGCCCCUCCCCUGCAGUCCCGGGCCAGCCUUACCUGCCACUGUUUAUAAAAAUGAGGUUGGGGGGGGGGGAGGAAACCGUCCCCAUAUUUGGGUUCCUGGUGCCUUCUACAAUGUCCAAAGUGGAGAAUUAAAGCAUUUAUUCAGCA